CUCGUAGGGUGGGUGAGGACAGGUAGGGGAGGGGCGUGAGGGGGCGUGGACGAAAGUGAGCUUCGGUUGUUGGUGUGCGAUCCGCCGGAAUUGCAGCUUUGGCAUCAGGUCCACUGUAUGCUAGUAAUAUUUGAAGUCACCAGGUGACAUGCCUGAACAAAUAGGAGACACUAUUAUUCAGCACUAGCAGAAGGCAAACCCAGGAGACAGGGCGGGGCGAACGGCCAGCGUGGCGCCGCCAUGGGCCGGCCCCAGCGCCGCUGGCUCGUGGCCCUGUGCGGCUUGGGGCUGGUGGCUGUGCUUGUGCAUCAGGUGGCCUUGCCCGCCUGCCUGACCAACACAACAGGCUCGCCGCUCAAAACGCUUCGGAUGGGCGAGGUGGCCGUGGACCGUGACAUACCGCUCAUCUUCAUCGGCGGCGUGCCGCGCUCGGGCACCACGCUGGCGCGCGCCAUGCUGGACGCCCACCCGCUGGUGCGCUGCGGCGAGGAGACGCGCGUCAUCCCGCGCAUCCUCAGCAUGCACUCACACUGGAAGAAGUCGGCCAAGGAGAGUCUGCGGCUGGAGGAGGCCGGCCUCGAUGACGAGGUGCUGGACUCGGCCAUCUCGGCCUUCAUCCUGGAGGUGGUGGUGCGACACGGCGAGCCGGCCCAGCGGCUCUGCAACAAGGACCCGUUCACCAUCAAGUCGGCCACCUACCUGCGCCAGCUGUUCCCGCGGGCCAAGUUCAUCUUCAUGGUGCGCGACGGUCGCGCCACCGUACACUCCAUCAUCUCCCGACAGGUGACGAUCACGGGGUUCGACCUGAAGAGCCACCGGCAGUGCAUGCAGCGCUGGAACAUGGCCGCCGACACGAUGAACCGCCAGUGCCAGGAACUGGGCGCCAACUGGUGUCUGCGCGUGCCGUACGAACAGCUGGUGCUGCACCCGCGCACCUGGAUGGAGCGCGUGCUACACUUCCUGGACGUGCCCUGGAACGAGACGGUGCUGCACCACGAGCGCACCAUCAACAAACCGGGCGGCGUGUCACUCUCCAAGGUGGAGCGCUCCUCCGACCAAGUGAUCAAGCCGGUCAACGUGGACGCCCUGACCAAGUGGGUGGGCAGCUUCCCGGAAGACGUGGUGCGCGACAUGGCCGAGCUGGCGCCCAUGCUCAAGACGCUGGGCUACGACCCGCACGCCAAUCCGCCCGACUACGGCCGGCCCGACCCGGAGGUGGACCGCAACACGCUGCAGGUGCGCGCCGAGAGCGCCGCCUGGCGCCAGAGGGCGCAGCAAAUUCUGGCGCGCCGCAAGCGCUCGCGGCGCGCCGGCCGCCCGGAGCAGAAGCUGUAGGCGCCGGUUGUACGGCGCCGCCGGCCGCGGCCCACUGCGCUCAGGGUGCCAGCCACCGGGCCUCGGCGGCGCGCUCUGGCGGACGGGGUUGGUAGACGGGUACAGGUGGCCCGCUGUCCGGCGGGCUACGUGCGACGGGCAGCGGGCCGCGCGAGAUGCUUUGGUCGAGGGAGAGAGAAUGAGAGCGUGAGGUACCGGACGGCAGACGGCGUACACGCCAUGCGCCGGACACUCAAUAUCAAUAGCUAUCAGGCGCGCCAGGCGCUUAGGGGUCCAGGCUGAAGAGCAGGAGCCAAAUUCCGAGGCGCGCCCCAGUCUUUCCAAACUUUAUCAGCCCUGCCGGCAAAAGUUGAGCGCCGCUCGCUCCACGUCUGUUCUGCUGGCCGUCAAACCUACAUUCACUAUCACGGGGCAGGUUAGAAGACCCGGCUUGUGGAUGAUCGAUUGCGUUGUGGAUUCGCGUCAAAAUAUUCUGUAUUGGUCGCAACGGUGCCCUGGGUUUCCUACUCAGUGGAUAAACCGGCGUCAUUUAGUUGUCGGCACUGAGGAAAAUGUCAUAUUUUGAAGCCGUUUAAAGUGGAAAUAUGGAGCAGCGGAUAGUGUAAAGCACGUAGCUGUGAUUCCCGUUUUUUCGUUUCCGUGUGUUCGUUUGCUAUAUCGUAGUGCCAGUUAGCCACAAUUUAACAGCCGCUUUUAAAUGCCCCGCAUAUCCGUCGGUUGCGAGCGACUUCGUUGAGGUCCAAUUCCAUGAACUCGUCUGCACGUCGGAGAUAAGAAUGUAAAUCCUUCGUGCCCGGAACACCCUGGAGAUUCAGCGAGGUGUCUCGGACCGCUGCCCUGAACACUUCCCGCUGUGGGGAGCCCCUCCCCCUCCCAGAUAGUGAUCGGCGCCGCUCAGCGGCUGGUCGGUGAACUGCAACAGGUGCAGCGGUCGACCUGUAGGCGGCCAGGCGGGUAUUGUCGCUCACUGAAUGGGACCUCUGCUAUGGCUGCCGUGGUCUAUCGUGAACCGUGCCCCACCCCCUGCAGCGGCAGCGGCCGUUGUGGGCCCGGCGUCGGCUGCGGCCGCCCUCUCUCUGGCGGCAUCCGUCCCGUCGGCAGCGGCGGGCCAGCCGGCGCGGCCCGCCGGGCGCCUGGUGUGCGUCCAUGCGCACGCGCACCAGUGUGGCGCCGCGUGCUCCCUGUGUUCAGAUCAGGUCACAUUCGUCCGCCGUCCCACGACUAACCCGCUGAGCUCAACGGGAACAGCGGAAUUCCCAGACUCCGUCAGCAGAAGUACCUACCAAGCUGUGUCACGUUGUGGCGAUAAGGCCGGGCCCGUCGGGCCGAGUCGCCAUUUUCGCCCCUCUGUCGUUGCCGACGUUCCUGCCAUACGUUGUGUGACCAUGCGAUUAGCGUGGAGAGCUGUUGUGUUACUCAGCACGCCAGCUCAAACGUUCGUGACUGGAAUGCUGCCGCCCAGUGUUGGCUAGCCGGCAUGUUUCUGUGACACUUUGCAUGGCUGUGUGGCUGCCUGACUCGGCUCCGUGGCGCGCCGUGGUGCGCCGGUGCCAGCCGCGCGUCAGCCGCGGCUGCUGUGCGGCUGCCGGA